CAGGUAGUGCAGGAAGAGCAGAGGCCACAUCUGUUGGGAGUAAACAAAACCUUCUCCUCCUCCCUUUUUUCUCCCUUCAACACACCGGAACCGUCGUUUGGCGAGGCGGGGGACGACUUUAUUUCCAGUUUUAGUUUUGGUUCUUUUUGCCAACAAAUGAUGAGCCGCGUGCCACUUCUUUCACGGGGCAUCGUGAAACUCAACAGUUGUUCGUGACUCUCUCUCUCUGCCGAGCGUUUCCUGAGUCAUCUUAUCGGCGUCGAGGCCCCGUGGCACGUACUGCGCCCGCCGCUCCCUCCACACAGCUUUCACUUUGAUGGUGCCGAGUAUGUGCCAUCGUCCAGCGUAGGGUACAUGUAAAGUGAACGCGGUGUCUUCAGCCGAUCGGCCACACGAAGGUGGACGCAGCAGUGGACUGUGCCAAUUAAUGCCGCACCCGCCGUGCGCGCGCAGGUGCACGCCUCACCAUGUUGCUCCGUGCGUUCGUGUUCCUUCAACUGCUGUCAUGUGGACACCUGGCCUGCACCAGGAACCUGCUCUCCGAGCGUGAAGAAGAUCGGGAAGUGUUUCUAGCCGUGGGCGACGCAAACUCGUUCCUGGGUCGCCACCUGUUGUUCAAUCGGUUUGACUUUGAGAUCUUCGUGCCGGGGAAUCUGGAGAGGGAGUGUUACGAAGAGGUGUGCAACUACGAGGAGGCGAGGGAGGUGUUCGAGAGCAUCCCGGCCACAGAUGAUUUCUGGAAGAAAUACACCGCAGAUAAGGACAAGCGUCCCACACGGGUGGAUGUGACGUCUCUGUUGGUGGGACUGAUUGUUGCCGGAGUGGCUAUUGUCAUUGUCGGCCUCCUGCUCUGGUAUUUCUGUCACGGCAAAUGCAAGGGGGACUUCAGCCGAGCAAGUUCCAUUCAGGUCCGCCCGAGGAGGAGUAAUGCUUCUCUGAUAAUGCGACGGCUAGAGGAGGUGUCCUUACAACCUGUGGGUCCACCCGCAACCCCACCCCCUAUGGAGGAAAUAGACCCUCCCGGGCUGCCGUCCUACGAGCAGGCAAUUGCCAAGAGUGGACAACAUGAUGCCCCACCUCCUCCCUAUCCUGGGUCACGGCCUGGAAGUAUUCGGCGGUAGCACCUUCUGGAAUCAGAAGCAGACAAUACAACAUUCACACGCUGCUCUGUCUGUUAUUUUAUACCUUUUUUUUUCCUUUGAUCAUCACAAGACUUAAAAUGUGCCUUAUGCCUCCUGUUUAAUUACUCUGGUGAAGCUAUACUUUCCCCUCAUACAUCAUUGGUUCUUCUCAGGUCUGUAAGUGUAUGUUUUUCCUUAGCAGUAUAAUCUUGUAAUUUUUUUGCCCUCCCUUUUUGACCUACUCCUAUUUUCUCAGAUGCGAUUGUGUUAAGUCAUAUAACCCAGGUACCGUGUGCUGAAUCAGCUUUACAAUACAUUCUACUCUUUGCUGCUUUUUAUCAAAAUGAAAAUGAGGAAUCAGUAAUGUGUUGGACACGAGAGCUUUAAGUUGAGGGAACUCUUAUGCUCUUCAGGAUAUUUUUUUUUCUUCGAUACAGCAUGUGCACAGUAGGGCUGAGUGAAAGACUAGGAUUGUAUUUCAUUACACUAAGUAUUAAUGGUGAUCACUGAGAGACAGACUGAUGUGUGUUGUGACACAGCUUACUGUCUCUCUCUGAAGGAAAAUUAUACCAACAAAACAGCUUGGCCUGAUGGUUCAUUAUGCGGUAAAGGAAGUACUUACCUAGCAGCUUCAAAGAUUCACUUUGUACUUUAAGCUGUGUAUCAACAUCUUAUACCUUUAUUUUGUUGUUAAUUUUCAGAUUUUCUUGUUGCUUUAUAUAGUUAUGUUGUGUCAAAAAUCUGAUUCAACACAUAAUGAGAAUGCUCUACUAAUAUAUGAAGUCAUUUUUACUGUCUUAUUAUGUACAUUGUGGUUGAUUAUUAAAUAUACUAUAAACAGUUGGAGGCAGUUUUAUAACAGUUUACAUUUUAAACAUUACAUUUCUAAAGUUAUACAUGAAAAUUAGAGCUUUGAUGAAUACGACAGUAAAACAUCUGCAAAAUAUGCUGCACAAUGGUUUGUUCAACAUGUAACAAAGCCACUCAUUUAACUGUAGUUUGAAUGAGUGUCUACUUUUUAUUUUGAUGAUGCAGAAAUACAAGAUUGAAGAAGUUCCCUCCCAGUAAAUUAGGCUUACCUUUACCAAAGUUUUAUGAUGACACGAUAACUAACUGAGGAUUAGUUUAUUCUGGCAGAUCUGAAGCACAAUUUGAAAUUAAAGUAUUUUACAGAUGUUUUGUA